AUUUGACAGCGGCUUUCCGUACCGCACGGUGUAUUCGUUUGUUAACCGUCGAUAGGUAAGCGGCCCGAUCCGUGACUCUCGUACUUCCUUUGCCGACAGCGAUUUUCCAUUCUCUGUCGAUACGCGGUGGGUGUGAUUGUGUUCUAUAAAGUUGUGUCUGUAAAACGGUGCCACUAUGAAGUACUUGCUACUUCUAGUACUGGGUGUGUUCCUAGUUUCGGGAAUUCAUCAUGUGCGUGCGGAAGCCGAUAACGAUGACGACGACACACUGCCAAUGGUGGACAACAAUCUCGGUGCCUCGAAGGAAGGUUCGCGAACCGAUGCGGAGGCGGUCAAGCGGGAGGAGGAAGCGAUCAAGCUGGACGGUCUGAACGUGGCCCAGAUGAAGGAGCUGCGGGAAAAGUCGGAAAAGUUCACGUUCCAGGCGGAGGUGAACCGCAUGAUGAAGCUCAUCAUUAACUCGCUGUACCGCAACAAGGAAAUCUUCCUGCGUGAGUUGAUCUCGAACGCGUCGGACGCGCUGGACAAGAUUCGCCUGCUGUCGCUCACCGAUCCGUCCGUGCUGGACAGCAACCGCAAUCUGGAGGUGAAGAUUAAGGCCGACAAGGAGGGCAAGGUGCUGCACAUCAUCGACACCGGUAUCGGUAUGACGAAGCAGGAUCUGGUGAACAAUUUGGGCACGAUCGCCAAAUCCGGCACGGCCGACUUCCUGUCCAAGAUGCAGGAGAAGGACAAGGCGGACGGGCAGGACGUGAACGACAUGAUUGGCCAGUUCGGUGUCGGUUUCUAUUCGGCGUUCCUCGUCGCGGACCGUGUCGUGGUGACGACGAAGCACAACGACGACCACCAGUACAUUUGGGAGUCGGAUGCGGCCAGCUUUAGCAUUGUGGAGGAUCCGCGCGGCAACACGCUGGAGCGUGGUUCCCAGAUCUCGCUGCACCUGAAGGAGGAAGCGCUCGACUUCCUGGAGGACGACACGGUCAAGCAGCUGAUCAAGAAGUACUCGCAGUUCAUCAACUUCCCGAUCUACAUGUGGACGAGCAAGGAGGUGGAGGAGGAGGUGGCCGUCGAGGAGGAAACCACCGAGAAGCCGGUCGAUGCGAAGGAGGACAGCACGGACGAGGAGGAGGACGUGAAGGUCGAGGAGGAGGAGCCGACCGACAGCGACAAGCCGAAGACGAAGAAGGUGAAGAAGACGGUCUGGAACUGGGAGAUCAUGAACGACAGCAAACCGAUCUGGACGCGCAAGGUGAGCGAAGUGACGGAGGAAGAGUACACCGAGUUCUACAAGAGCCUCACGAAGGACACCUCGGAACCGCUCACGCAAACGCACUUCAUCGCGGAAGGAGAGGUGACGUUCAAGUCGCUGCUGUACGUGCCGAAGGUACAACCGUCCGAAAGCUUCAACAAGUACGGCACGAAGGCGGACAACAUCAAGCUGUACGUGCGCCGCGUGUUCAUUACGGACGAGUUCAACGACAUGAUGCCCAACUAUCUGAACUUUAUCCGCGGUGUGGUCGAUUCCGACGAUCUCCCGCUGAACGUGUCGCGUGAAACGCUCCAGCAGCACAAACUGAUCAAGGUGAUCAAGAAGAAGCUGGUCCGCAAGGCGCUCGACAUGAUCAAGAAGAUCGACAAGGAGCAGUACGAGAAGUUCUGGAAGGAGUACUCCACCAACAUCAAGCUCGGCAUCAUGGAGGACCCCAGCAACCGGUCCCGGCUGGCCAAGCUGCUCCGCUUCCAGUCGUCCUCGACCAAGAACAAGGAGUACACCAGCCUGUCCGACUAUGUCGCACGCAUGAAGCCCAAGCAGGACAACAUCUACUUCAUCGCCGGUCCGAACCGUGCCGAGAUUGAAAAGUCUCCGUUCGUGGAGCGGCUUCUGUCGCGCGGCUACGAAGUCCUGUUCCUGGUGGAAGCCGUCGAUGAGUACAGCAUCUCGGCACUGCCCGAGUUUGACGGCAAGCGGUUCCAGAACGUCGCCAAGGAAGGCUUCACGCUGAACGAAUCGGAAGAAUCGAAGGCACGGUUCGAAGAGCUGAAGACCGAGUACGAACCCCUGCUCAAGUGGUUGAACGAUGUGGCGCUCAAGGACAAAAUUGCCAAGGCUCAGCUGUCGGAACGAUUGGCCAAUUCCCCCUGUGCACUGGUCGCCUCGAUGUUUGGCUGGACCGGCAACAUGGAACGGUUGGCACUGGCCAAUGCGCACCAGAAAACGGACGAUCCGCAGCGCCACUACUAUCUGAACCAGAAGAAAACGCUCGAAAUCAAUCCGCGCCAUCCGCUGAUGCGUGAGCUGCUGCGCCGCGUCGAGGUCGAUACGGACGAUCUGGUGGCGAAGGAUAUGGCGGUGCUGAUGUUCAACACGGCCACGCUGCGAUCGGGCUUCCAGCUGCCGGAAACGGCCGACUUUGCCGACAGUAUCGAGCGUAUGAUGCGCCAAACGCUGGGUGUUUCGCUGGACGAGAAACCCGAGCAGGAGGAGUUUGUGGACGAACCGGCGGACGAGGCGGGCGCGGGUGGAGACGAGGAAGAGGAAGCGAUCGAUGCGGACGGCGAAGAGCAUGACGAGCUGUAAAUCGGAAGAAGCCUCCGGACCCGAAACCGGAACUGCGCCGCAUCGUUUUGCAUGACUGAGAUGAUUGUAUGGCUGGGUAUGGGUGUAUUCUAUUGUAUGUAAGUGAUACAAAGGCGCAUGAGUAUGUGUGUGAGUGCGUGUGAACUGUAAUGUAAGGAUUCUAGUGGUAGCGCAGGGCAAAGGACUAUGAAGGACUGAUAUGAAACAACACAACACGUUCAAAUCGGGCACCACAGCGAUGCAGCUAGCCGAUGAUAUGGUCAGUGGGACAAAUUUUAUUGUCCAUAGGUAGAGAGGUGCCCGAAAACAGGCAAAGCAAACGAACACUGGCGAAAGUCGUAAACACUCCUUACUAUAUUACGUUUAAGUGUAACUAGUUCCCCGUUGCUUCCCUCCAUUAGUUUUUCCUCAAUGUUUGCUUUCGUACGAUGAAAAGUGCAAUUCAAAUCUGCACUGCAUUUACGUUCGAAAGUGUAUCUGUGCGUGUGUGUGUAUAUGGACAAAAGACUAUUGAAAGAUAUUUCCCAUCUUUUGUUUUUGCGAUUCCCACGAACAACAAAUCUUACAAGCGAGUAAUAGUGUAUUGAUAAAACAACAACCGAGAAGCGAGACAAGCGUAAAUAAAACUAUCGUCAAAAAUGUAA